UCGCUCAAAUCACGCUCUUUAUUCUCUCUCUCUCGAUAUAUUUUUUUGUUUUUUAAUUUAUUAUUAUGUUCUUUUCUAAUUCAGACACAUUGGUGAGCAGGGCACUAUAAAAGCGCAUUUAAUUCUUCAAACGCCUCAUUUUUUGUUCUUCUCAGAUCUCGAUUCCCUCUCCGCGCCCAGAGAAGUUGAAGCUUGAGCAAAUUAAUCAGCAUAUAUGGGCACCGUGACUGAUGCUUCCAAGGAUGCUACUGGUAUUGCAUUCAUCGACAAGAAAGUCACUGUCGUGUUUGUUUUAGGGGGACCUGGCAGUGGGAAGGGAACUCAAUGUGCAAAUAUUGUUGAACAUUUUGGCUUUACCCAUCUCAGUGCAGGCGAUCUUCUUCGUGCUGAAAUUAAAUCUGGUUCUGAGAAUGGAACUAUGAUUCAGAAUAUGAUAAAGGAGGGAAAGAUAGUACCUUCUGAGGUGACAAUUAAACUUCUGCAGAAAGCCAUACUGGACACUGCAAAUGACAAAUUUCUUAUUGAUGGGUUCCCAAGGAACGAGGAGAAUCGUGCUGCAUUUGAGAACGUUACAAAGAUUGAGCCAGAAUUUGUCCUGUUUUUUGAAUGUUCAGAGGAGGAAAUGGAGAGGCGUCUUUUGAACCGUAAUCAGGGGAGAGAUGAUGAUAACAUUGAGACAAUAAGGAAACGUUUUAAGGUCUUUAUGGAAUCCAGUGUGCCUGUUGUUGAAUAUUACAAUUCAAAGGGCAAGGUUCGCAAGAUUGAUGCUGCAAGGCCUAUUGACGAGGUCUUUGAUGCUGUAAAGGGCAUUUUCUCCCAAUUUAGUAAAAAGGCUACUUAGAGCUGUGAGUGUGAUAUCUGCUCAUUACUCAGGAAGCAACUGAAGUUCAUUGGUGGUGAAGAUAUAUUGAUUUUAUUCAACAAUAUUAUGUAGCAGCUGAUAUUUUGAAUAUUUUCAGAACGACACUUGAUGUUUCUGAAUAUCAUAAUGUAGUACUUGAUAUUUUCUAAUAUCAUUACGCAAAGGCCUCUUUUAUUUUUUAUCGACA